CGUCCUCUUGCCGUAGUGACGUCACACCCAAACAAGCCCCAGUCAGCUGGUGGUUUCUGUCGGAUGUUGCGAACCAGCUGGAUUCCCUCAUCGUAAACCACCUUUAUCACAAUGUCUCAGGAUCUGUGGUUACAGAACUACGACGCCACUUGUCGUCUGGCACAGGAAAUCGCAGAAAACAUUCAUGAGCGGAACAGGCAACAGAGAACAGGGGGAAACCCCGCGAAGAUCAACAUGACGCUACGGGCGUCACUGCAGAAGCUGAAACAGAAUAUUGCCCAGCUCAAAGAGGGCUUGUUGCGAGCUUCCUCAUCUCGACGCAUAAUGCAGUCUGAAGCUGACAGGAGGCAGAACCUCAUCGAUGACCUGCUCACCAGAGAGAAGCAGGUCAAUGCCACCUUCAAGGGAGACAUCGCAGAGCCAGAACCUUCCAGGUCAACAUUGAUGGCUGGAGGUGCAGGAGCGAGUGGGGGGGUUACAGCCAAUCCCUGGCUGGUCAACGAAUCAGAAGAGACCAGAGGGCUGUCGUUUGGGGAAAUCAAACAUCAUCAACAACGAAUCAUUGAAGCCCAGGAUGCAGGCCUGGAUGCACUAGCAGCUGUCAUCAGUCGACAGAAGAUAAUGGGCCGGGAGAUUGGCAAUGAGCUGGAGGAACAGAAUGAAAUCAUCGACGAUGUUGCUCUUCUUGUGGACAAAACAGACGACAGGAUUCGUAACGAGACGCGAAGGGUGAAGCUGGUGGAGACAAAGUCAGCCUCCUGUGGGAUGCUGGUGGUGAUCGUUCUGCUUCUCAUAGCCAUCGUGGUGAUCGCUGUGUGGCCCGUGUAGUGGAGGAGGACGGCGAUGAUCGUGGACCUUUUGCUGGACGAGUACUAUAGUGACAGUCGGGUCCAGAAUGCCACUCUGCGUACACCUGGUUCAUAUUGACCAGACUUCCAUUCGAACACCAUCUGUCAUCAGAUUUAUUUUCUUAUUCCUGCUCAGGGUCAAUCAAUGCCCAAUCAAGGCAAUGGGACAAGAAGAGAAUGACUGUUACAGAAAUGUUCUUCUCUACAGUGAAGGUCAUCUGUAACCCUGGAAUAGCAGAAAUUGAGUGGUUGUACAUUGUCCUCUUUAAUAGUUGUCCAUGUGUCUGGCUCAUUAAAUCAACAAUUCAUUUAACAGUUAAUUAUUUAAAGGUAUUUUGAUAUAUAUUUUUAACCUGAUGAAUAAUGAGCCAACAGUAGGACUUCCCACCGGCAGCCGGAGUGUUUCUUCCCUAGGUCUGACACUCACACUGGGUCCUGUUACUCCACGAGCUUUGCAAUAUUCACACUUACUUCUAUUUACCCAUGCAUUACUGUAGCUGUGUAAUGUUAUCAUCUGUCAUGGGAUUUUACAAUGUUUAUAGAGUAGCUCUCAGCCAAAACUAACAUCUUGGCUGUGGUACUAACAUGGCUGUUUUCCCUCCUUGUAAAUCAAUUCAGCUUGUAAUUUCUAAUAAAUGACAUUUCCAGUUUUAAAGUC